AAUAAAUUAAAAAAAAAAAAUAGGGAAGCUUGGAACAGCCCUUCUCUUUGAGUAAAAUAUUAACUGGCUCUUACGGCGUAACUGAUUAAAUUUUCUUUAGGACAAAGUUACAUCUGAUCUUGGGCAAAGAAGCCUUUGGAAAUGGGUGUAGCUGCUUCCCUGGAAAAAGCAGAAGAGCCCAGCCCUCACAGCAUGGGAGGCUUCUCCCCCCUGCCCAGCCAGGAACCCUGCACAACCUCCCAAUUUAAUUUAUUCUUGUUUUCCCCCUGUACUGUCUUGGUGUGUGUGAUGGUUAAAUGUUAGCUGGGGCUGGCUCACAGCACCAUGCUGGCCCUGUGAUAAACACUAUCCCUGCUGCCCUGCCCGGCCACACUCCCUGCUCCUGUCCCCAGCACGUUGGGAGCCAAGCAGCAGGCAAAGUUCAGGGCUUGUUUGUGCAGGGGAGAUAAGGUGAGGACGCCCAGCAGCGUGCAGGGCUGUUACUCAUUUAUGAGAGAUCAUUGUUUGCCUUGUCGUAAGGAGAUUUCUCCUCCACUCUGCUUUCCUAUCCCAGGUGCAGCAGCUCUUGUGGCUUGUGCAUGAUUCCAGACUCGUGUCCCCAUGUGGAGGCUUGGGGAAGAGUCCCUGUAACUUCCAGAGUGGCCCUGCUCCCACUGGUGGGAUGGCAAGCUGUCAGCAUAGGGCUGGCCAUGGUACUUUGGUGCUCCAGGUGUGACCCCAUCACUUUGCCCAAAGCUUGGUGGGUUUGGCUCAUGCUAGACAUGGUGUAACCAAAACAAAUUCUUUCUUUUUGAUGUCCAUCUGCACUCACCUGCCUUGCAUUGCUGUGCUGUCAUUCAUGGGCAGACCCUCUCUCUGUACAGGGCUUGUCCUGGAAACAGGAAUAACAUGGAGUGAGCCUGCUCUGGGAUCUGCUCCCCAAGGAGCUCAGUCCUGCAUGCAGCACCCUGCCUGCACCCAGGGUUGGAAGCCCUUGGGUGCUCUGUGCAGGUCUCGAGCCUAGGGGACAGUGGGGCAGCAGGGAGAAACAUUUCCCAUCUGCCUCAUUCCCGGAAUGCUCUGGGGCAGCAGCCUCUGCAGGUGUGAGGUGUGCAGGUCUGAAACCCCUCGAAUGAACCAGCACUUUAAUGCAAGCUCCAGAACUGUGUCUGAAUCCACAUCCAGCCCCUCACUUUUCCUUUUCAGCCCUGAAGCCCUUUUCACUUUGGUUUUAUCUCCCCUCUUCCUGGGACUCAGCAAAUUAUUUGCUUCAGGGAAAUUGUCUGCAUUGAACAUGUUUGAGCAGCUUCUCUACAGGGUCAGGAGGGUUUGGUGGCCAGCCCUGUCCCCGAGAGCUGGAGAGCCCGUGCCGAGGAUUGGCUGUGCCGGCCUGGCAGCAGCGCCUGAGGCGGCUGCCCUUGCCGAGAGAGCAGGAAGAUGAGUGGAGCUCCGGCACAUCUCCUGACAACUCUCUUCAUGGCAGCGGCAGCCGUGGGCUACCAUCGCUCUGCCACCGACCUGGAUGCCACCCCCAGGACAACGGUCUCCUUUGAUGAGCUGUCGGGAGUCCGGCACUUCAAUGCACACACCCUCAACUACAGCACCCUGCUGCUGGAGGACGACCGGGGCAUCCUCUACGUGGGCGCCAGGGGAGCCAUCUUCGCCCUCAACUCCAGUGACGUGGCCGACGGCUCCCACCACACGAUCCACUGGGAAGCCUCCCCUGAGAAGCAGAUGGACUGCCUGCAGAAGGGCAAAAACAACAAGACCGAGUGCUUCAACCACGUGCGGUUCCUGCAGCGGCUGAACAGCACCCACCUGUACGCCUGUGGGACCUACGCCUUCCACCCGCUCUGUGCCGCCAUCGAUGCAAACAGGUUCAUGUUGCCGUCCCACUUUGAGGAAGGCAAGGAGAAGUGUCCAUAUGACCCUGCCCGUGGCUACACCGGCCUCAUUGUGGACGGAGGCUUGUACACAGCAACACGCUACGAGUUUCGGAGCCUCCCUGACAUUCGGAGGAACCUGCACCAGAGGCCACUGAAAACAGAGGAGUCCCCGCUGCACUGGCUGAAUGAUGCCGAGUUUGUGACCUCUGUGCUGGUCCGGGAGAGCAAGGACAGCCCUGUGGGUGAUGAUGAUAAAAUCUACUACUUCUUCAUGGAGCGGGCAGGAGAGGAGACCACAUCCUUCUUUGACAAGAGUCAGGUGGCCCGAGUGGCACGGGUGGCCCGCGUCUGUAAGAGUGAUGUUGGGGGCAAGAAGAUUCUGCAGCGCAAAUGGACGUCCUUCAUGAAGGCACGCCUGGUCUGCUACAUCCCCUACUACGAGGUGCUGCGCAGUGUCUGCAGCCUGGAUGGGGGCAACUGGGCCAGCACUGUCUUCUAUGCUGCCUUCACACUCUCAGCACAGUGGAGGACCAUGGAGGCCUCAGCUGUGUGCCGCUACAACAUCUCGGCAGUGCAGCGUGCCUUUGAGGGCCCCUACAUGGAGUACCAGGAUUGGGCUCGCAAAUGGUCCCGCUACGACGGUGCAGUGCCCGAGCCCCGGCCCGGCUCCUGCAUCACGGACCACUCCCGCAGGAAGGGCUACAACUCCUCGCAGGACCUGCCCAACAGUGUCCUGGACUUUGUCAAGCUGCACCCGCUCAUGUUUGAGGAGGUGAAGCCAGCCGGCGGGGAGCCGCUCCUGGUGAAGAAGAACGUGGUGUACAGCCAGCUGGCUGUAGACAGGGUGCAGGCCCUGGACGGCCGCUCAUACGAUGUGCUCUUCAUGGGGACGGGGGAUGGCUGGAUCCACAAGGCUGUGGUGGUGAACUCUGGCAUCCACAUUGUGGAGGAGGUGCAGGUGUUCAGGGACCUGCAGCCUGUGGAGAGCCUGGUGAUCUCCCACAAUCAGAGGAGCCUGUAUGUGGGAGCAGCCAGCGGGAUUGUGCAGGUGCCCCUGGCCUCCUGUGCCAGGUAUGCCUCCUGCUAUGACUGCAUCCUUGCCCGGGACCCCUACUGUGCCUGGGAUGGCAGGGCAUGCCGCACCUUCGCCACCACAGACAGCUCAGGGCUGGUGCAGGACAUUCAAAGUGGCAACAAGGGAUGCCGGAGCAGCUCUGGACGGGUGCGUGUCCCCACAGGUUCCCUGCUGUGGAAGAACCGGACAGUGCUGCAGGGGGACGAUGUGCUGCUGCCCUGUGACCAGCGCUCCAACCUGGCCCGAGCUGUGUGGCUGCUGAACGGCAGCGAAGUGCUGGGCACGGGGCAGGACCGGCUGCGUGUGGGGGUGGAUGGGCUGCUGGUGACGGACACGCUGCCCCAGCACAGCGGCGAGUACCGCUGCUACGGGGAGGAGCAGGGUCUCCGGACACUGCUGGCUGCCUACAGCCUCACCGUGCUGCCCGAGCUGCCCCGCAGCCCUACGGCUGCCCCAUCGCCUCAUGCUGCCAGCCAGGCAACCAAUGACACAAAGGUGGCUUACAUCUCCGCCAUCGUCACCUUGGUGGUGCUCUGCACCGUGCUCAGCACCAUCCUCCUGUACAUGUCUUGCUUGGAGAAGCGCAAGGGCAAGUACGUGCUGGGGGAGCCGCGGCCAGCCAGCGUGGAGCUGCAGACCGUCUCAGCCAACUGCCUGCGCAAGGGCCACCGAGAGGAGGAGGAGGAAGAGCUCACCUACCCUGAUGGCUGCCUGCGGAUCAUCCCUGGCGAGGCACCCACAGCUGCCACCUCCCCAGUCAAGGAGCUGCCGGCUGCCGUGCCCCCAGUGCCGCCCCCACUGCCGACCGAGCUCACCAACGGUGUGGGGGCUCUGCCCAAUGUCCUCCGCAAGAUGAAUGGCAACAGCUACAUGCUGCUGCAGCAGCAGGAGGAGCCACUGGCCUCCCCACUCUACAGUGCAUCCUUCACCGAGGAGCUCAGCAAAAUUUUGGAGAAGCGAAAACACACGCAACUGGUGGAAAAGCUGGACGAGAGCUCCGUGUAGGGGCUGGGGAGGGGGGUCCUGCCAGUGGGACCCUCCUCCCCUCCAGCCCCUUUUCCCACCCUUUGCCAGCAGUGUUACAAGACUCAGGCAAAACUACCUCCUGGAUGGCAGAGCUGGGCCGGGCCCGGGCUCGGCCACUCCUUUGGCUUUUCAUUCACUUUUAAGACUCGCUGUACAGAAAAAAAGUAUCUAUUUAAAUUUGGAGCUCUAUUUAUGUAUAAAAACUCACUGACGGUGGCCACGAGCUGGAGACAGGAGCUGGCACCUGGCUGAAGGUGGACACCAUGGGAAAGGAGAGUUUUUGUCUGUUCAUCCAGGCGUGAGAGACACUGUUGUGGGUGUGUGGACUUGGCCAGCCCUGAUGGGCAUCUUUUGGCACACAGGAGCUGGACAGCUGCGGAGAGGGUAUCCCCUCUGGGAGAGGAUGGUUUGGCGAGGGACAAGAGAUAGGGAGAGGAGCUGAUGUCCUGAAUACCCUGGAGCAGCUGGUGAAGGGGCAUGUGCCCACUUCGAAGAGGCCACAGGGCAGUGGAUGCAGCAGCAGAGAGCAAGAUGCACUGGCAGUAGGACUGGCAGCCACCACCGUGCCCUACAGCGUGACAAGGGACCAGUGCACCAUCCACAUGCCUGUGGUAUCUGCAGUGCCCCUGUGACUCCAAGCACAAAGCGUCUCUGCCCUCCUGUGCAGUGCUGCUGGUGAACUGGGGUUCAGGCACAGCCCUGUCACCCACGGGAAAAUGCGUGGGCAGGGAAAUGUCCUCACACAGUGAGAAAGAACCUUGGACAAGGGCCUGCCUCCCUCUGGAGCCUUCUCUCAUGGCACUUUCCAGGAGAAGCCAUGGUCCCUAAAUCCUCUCAACUGUUUCUGCUUCUGCCACCUCCUGGGGGAACCUGAGAGACAGGGGUGACAAAAGCAUCUGAUGCUCCAGGGACAGUGUGGUGACACUGGAGAAGCUGGGGAGGGACACGUCCUCCCUGUGUUCCUUGCUCGUACCUCCAUGACCAGGACGUUGCCAAGGGCUCAGCUCUGCAGGGGAAACAGGAGAGGGGUGAAAACCCCUGGGGUCCCUCAUGAGCUACAGCUCAGGCCUCCAACUCCAGGAGAGUGAGGCUUAGCAGGAAAAGGCAAGAGUUGCACACUCUGCCACCCUGCCCCAGCCCUUGUUUUUGCUGCAAGGGGGCGUGAGCCACCCCCAAGGACUACCCCAAGGACCACCCCCAAUGCCCAAGGAGGGGCAUCACUCUGUGUCUGGCACUCCUCAUGCACAGCUCCCCAUUCCCCCCAGCAAUAAAAAUGGCUCUGUCUGGA